CUGGAAGUCUGCACAGCGACCGGCGGCUUGUUUUUCUUCCAGCUCUUUCCCCAUCAUUAUCAUCAUCAGCAGUCAACCCUGCUCCUGCUGUUGAUUUCCCUCCAACUUUCUUUCUUCUUCCAUCAUUCCUGGCAAGAACUUCAUACUCUCUGAACCAAAGAAACUCGCGUCGCGUCCUAGCCUCUUCGAUGUAGCAAAGAGACCCUCCCAACGGAUACAGCACAGCACAGCACAGUACACACAUACGCCUACCGCAGUACCUCCCAUACCCAUACCGUCCGUCCUGUCAUCAAACGAAUCCUCGACGACCCCCGUCCACUUCGUACGCUGUACCCGUACCAGCCAGACUUUGCGCACGACUCGGGAAAUCUAGGCCGGAGACCCUGUGGUCCCUCUCCAAGGUUAGCUAGCGGUAUCCGUACCGCAGCAGCGACAAGCCGCCCGUGGCAGAGCCCAGAGGCAAAGACCGCAAAAGCUCUUUUUACCCACUCACGUCGUCAAUCUGCAGCCCACUCCCAGACACCACCACAACCGGUCCACCACUGGCUCCGGUAACCAGAUCCAAGGGCCGCACACAGCACACAGCGCACACUCUUUGCUGAGGGAACGCUGAAAGCCGACAACACUGGGCUUGCACUCUUCUUUCCCUCGCUCACUCCCUCUUUUUUCACGCUCCCUCUAUCCUACUUCUCAGGGCUGGAUUGAUCACGGAUACCUUGGGACUAACCCCGAACUCCACUGUUUGGAUUUGGGAACCCUCCACCCUCCAUUAUCCCCCCCCAAAACCAAAGUACAGCCGGGCACGUACUCAGUACAGUACAGACAGCACUACGUACCCAGCAGCACCACCAGCACCCACCUCAGCGCUCAGCGCCCAGCACCGGCACAGCGAAGGCCUGCGAAACCACCUUCCUUCCGCCUUCCCUCCAUCAUCGAACCUUCCUUCCUCGCCCUCACCCUCACUCACCCUCACCCUCCGCCGUCGCUCUUCUUCUCUGUCUCCAAAGGUGAUUCCCUCGACACCGGCAAGACAAGAGGAAAAUCAUGUCGACUCCCACAACGGCCACAGCGACAUUGCCUCCUCAUUCGCAUUACCAUCAUCCCCAUUAUCCCUACUCACAUCAGCCGUACCAGGCCUCUACUGCUACCGGCUCUUCGUACCGACAGCCAGCGAACCCAAUCCUCUCAACUUCCUCAUCCACAGCGACGACGAGAUUGCCUCCCGCAUACGCAAACUCGUCGAGCAUUGCCUACUCUGCCACCUCUACUGCGAGUCACGCCGGCCCAAAUGGCCUAGGCCCUUCAGCCUCGUCAGCCAGUUCGAGGACCAUUCACGACGUCUCGAGUCCCGACGCGAACUACUCGCUCACCACCAACUCCACCAUGCCUGCCACCAGCUCACUCUCCCAGUCCUCUCAGUCCGCUCGCAAGCGAAGACGAUCAAAGGAGCCUGACUGGAACAAAUUUUAUAAGAAUGGCCUGCCCAAGGAAAUCAUCGUCAUCGAUGAUACCCCAGAGCCAGAGCAGGGCAAAGCCGUCGGCAACGGCGUAAGGGUCGUCUCCAAUGGUAACGGCAGCGUGAACGGCGCCACCACAAAUGGUGCCAGCAGCCGACCUGUUCCCAAGAAGAGGAAAAGAGACGACGAGCCUCAGCACUACGAUCCCGUCUAUCACAACAAGUACGCCGGUUCUCACACUACCACUCCUCACCACAAUGGCACCCCCAGCGGAUCGACCAUAUCAACCGACCGCACUACAAACUCCGCCAUCCACACCACCGCUGCCACGUCCCUCUCUUCAAAUGGACACGAGUACUACGAUGCCCAACCUGGUCAGAAGCGUAAGAGAACCCGUCAACAGAUUGCCCAAGAGGCAAAGAAGAGAGAGGUCGAGGGCCUCGGCGAUCCAUUCCUCACCUACAAGCCGCCUCCUUACCCUCCCAAGAAAGCGCCCGAUGUUCACGUUCGGUUGGUUCAGGAUCAGGGUUACAACAAGAAUGCCAAAGUCGACGAUGAUGAUGGACACUACAUUGUUGUUCCUGACGCCGACCUUACGGAUAAGUACCAGAUGGUGAAGCUACUCGGGCAAGGGACAUUUGGCAAAGUCGUCCAGGCUCGAGACCGUAAGAGGAACAAGUCGGUGGCCAUCAAAAUUAUUCGGUCUGUCCAAAAAUACCGAGAUGCCUCGCGAAUAGAACUCCGAGUUCUCGCAACACUCAAGGCCAACGAUGACGAAAACCGCAAUCGCUGUAUCCACCUCAGGGACUGUUUCGACUACCGCGGCCACAUUUGCAUCGUCAUGGACCUUCUUGGCCAAAGCGUUUUUGAUUUCCUCAAGAGCAACAGUUUCGUCCCCUUCCCCAACAGCCAGAUUCAGAGCUUUGCUCGACAGCUCUUCACCAGCGUUGCCUUCUUGCACGAUCUCAACCUCAUCCACACUGAUCUGAAGCCUGAGAACAUUCUUUUGUGCGACAGCGCCUACCAGACCUUCACCUACAACCGAAAGAUACCCUCCUCUUCUACGACCGUCAACCGGCAGGCGAAUCAGCGCAGAGUCCUGCUCGACACGGAAAUUCGCUUGAUUGAUUUCGGCAGUGCCACUUUCCAAGACGAAUACCACAGCUCCGUCGUCAGCACCCGUCAUUACCGAGCGCCAGAAAUCAUUUUGGGACUUGGAUGGUCAUUCCCCUGCGACAUAUGGAGCAUAGGAUGCAUAUUAGUCGAGUUCUUCACCGGCGAUGCUCUUUUCCAAACACACGACAACCUCGAGCAUCUCGCAAUGAUGGAAAUGGUUGUCGGGCAAAGGAUAGACUCCAGCCUCGUCCAAGCUGUGAACAAGAUGGCUACUAGAAGUGGCGGAAACCCCGCCUCGAAAUACUUCAAGCGCUUGAAACUUGACUAUCCUACACCCGAGACAACACGAGCUUCCAAGAGAUUCGUCAAGGCUAUGAGACGAUUGGAGGAUAUCAUCCCAUCGAACUCAACCUACUUCAAGAACUUCCUGGAUCUCCUUCGGAAGAUCUUUGUCUAUGAUCCCCAGCAUCGCAUUACAGCGAAGCAGGCAUUGCAACAUCCUUGGUUCAAGGAACCAGCGACACCGGACGAUGGUACGGAAGCGGCCAAGAUCCGCCUAGAGCGAAUGAGACAGGAGGGGGAUCACCGAUACCACGCAUGAUUCCUAGCCUACGAAGCUGUUUUCGAACCCUUACGUCUAUAACGAACAAAGCUGAGCAUGAUACGGGAGUUUGGCCGUUUGAUAUCUGGUCUGUACGAUGGGGGCCGACGGAAUUGGAAGGGCAUGGCGCUCGUGCAACUUGAUUUUUUUCCGACAUGGGCCUCAUCAAAGGUCAGCCAUGUUCUGCCCUUAAAUAGCAAAAGGCUUGAUGGCAUGCGGGGGUUUUUUGGGUUGUGUUUCGCGGGAUAAGGGUCAAACUCGCAGCAACACGAGAGAGUAGCACGAACGGUCAAGCCACGCCCUGGACAGCGUUGCUAGUAGAGACGUUUCGAUGAGAGAGAUGUCGUGCCUUGUCGCCAGGCUCAAUAGAGCGAUUCUCAUGACCGACGCAAGCCUCCCGGCUUGUCAACCACUUCUUC